AUGGACAGAAUGACGGAAGAUGCUCUGCGCCUGAACCUCUUGAAACGGAGCUUGGACCAAGCAGAUGAUCGGGACGAUGUCCUGGCAAAGAGAUUGAAAAUGGAAGGACAUGAGGCGAUGGAGCGCCUGAAGAUGCUGGCACUGCUGAAGAGGAAAGACCUCUCGGGCAUUGAGGUGCCCCACGAGCUCCCGGUGAAACAGGAUGGUGUGAAAGUCUACGAAGAAAAGCUGAAUGGGAGCCUUAGGCCCCAUGGGGAUGGCAGGACUGCAGGGAGGCCAGGGAAGGAAAACAUUAACGAUGAGCCGGUGGAUAUGAGCGCGAGGAGAAGUGACCAGGACAGGGGACGAUUAACCCCUUCGCCAGAUAUAAUUGUCCUCUCCGAUAAUGAGGCAUCCAGUCCUCGUUCCAGCUCUCGUAUGGAGGAAAGACUUAAAGCAGCAAAUCUUGAAAUGUUUAAGGGUAAAAGCAUAGAGGAGCGACAGCAGCUGAUCAAGCAGCUUCGGGAUGAGCUACGGCUGGAGGAGGCCAGGCUCGUGUUGCUGAAGAAACUGAGGCAAAGUCAGCUGCAAAAGGAGAACGUGGUACAGAAGACUCCGGUUGUCCAGAAUGCGGCGUCUAUUGUCCAGCCAUCUCCUGCUCACGUGGGACAGCAGGGACUGUCCAAGCUUCCCUCCAGGCCUGGAGCUCAGGGGGUUGAGCCUCAGAACUUAAGGACAUUACAGGGUCACAGUGUCAUUAGGUCUGCCACAAACACGACUCUGCCCCAUAUGCUUAUGUCGCAGCGUGUGAUCGCUCCGAACCCUGCCCAGUUACAAGGGCAGCGGGUUCCUCCUAAACCUGGCCUCAUCCGCACUACAACUCCAAGCAUGAAUCCAGCCAUCAACUACCAACCGUUGGUAGCGAGCGCUCGCUCACGCGUGCUUUCCUUCCGCUUCCGUCCGCCCGAAGAGCACAGCGAGCUCCCUGCGGUCGACGAGCGCGACGCUUCAAACCGGUUUGUCGCCGGUUCUUAA